AUGACACGACCCUCCAUGAUACUGCUCCUCGCCCUCAUCGCUUCGACAGUAUCGCCAACGCAGGCCUUUGGCUUACUGCUACGAAGCUCUGACUCCUGUCCCAGCAACUACAACAAAUGUGCGGACAGCAAGUUACCGGCUGAUUUCUGCUGCUCCAGCUCAUCAACAUGCAUCAGCCUGGACGACUCCAGCUCUGCCAUCUGCUGUCCAAGUGGACAGAGCUGUGAUUACAUCGAAACCAUAACCUGCGAUGUGCAGCUCCAGAACGCAACAGCACAUCCCAAGAACUCUGUCAAGACGACCCGGCUGGAUGACUCCCUCCCUAAAUGUGGCGACAAAUGCUGUCCCUUUGGAUACACCUGCACAGGAGACUCGCUAUGUGCCAUGAACACAUCCAGUGCAUCCACCCUCAGCGCCAGCCAGUCAUCCACAACGUCCACAGGAGGGACCACAUCCUCCACAGGAACCAUCACCUCCUUCACAGCCUCCGCCUCUACAACCGAUGCCUCCAACCCCACCAUCGUCCCCGUCACCACGGGCUCCUCCAAAUCCGCCAUCUCCGACAACAACAGCAGCGCCAACGGCACCUCCUCGGCAGCCGCACUAUCUUCCAAAGCCACCAGCCCAUCCUACCCUACCAACGCUAUAAUAGCAGGCUUCUUUCCCGGCGCCAUCUUCGGCGCCGUCCUAGCCCUGUUAGCCCUCUUCCUCUACCGCAAAUACCAAAAGAAACACCAGCCCCCAUCCGCCAAAGUAGCCCAAUUCACCCGCCGCUCCUCAAAAGGCACCCUCCUCGGCAUCUCCUCCCCGAUCCCCUCCGACGAGACAUCUUACCGGACAGACUUCCUCCUCCGCCGUAACCGCAACACGAAGCGAUACUCCGAAGGCGCUCGCUCACGUAUCCAGCGCACUGGAACUCGAGUCCGGAGUCUCUUCAACCCUAACAAUGCUCCUCCUCUACCGAAAGCUAACCCUGCAAAGACCCUUGUCCCGGAACACGGCGGAGGAGCAAUGCACGCCCGUGUACCGGUGCCUGUUCCCCCGCUACCUAUCUCCGUGACACCGUUGCAACCCGGGCGGACGCCAUCGAAGAAGAAAUUGACCCGUACGGAAAGCAUAAGGGUGUAUACCCCGCCAGGGGUGUUUGCUACGACAGGGGUGUUGAAGCCGGAUCCGUAUCCAACACAUAUAAGGACGGAGGGGGCGUUUGAUGACAUGGAGAAGUGA